GCUCUGGCAGGGCACAACCGAGUACAGCUUCGAUACACGUCGUGCAAAAGCGUAGCAGGGCAGCGAUGAAAAAAAAAUAAAUGAGGAAAAAAUUGUGUGAAGCGAGAACAAGCCAAGCGCGAACCACGCCAUUGUAUAAGAAAAAAUCCAACAAUUGUGUGUGCAUCGUAAAAAACCGUUAAAUUCGAGUUGUCGUCGAAUCGGAACGUACCUGCAACGGAAGAUCCGGUAGCAAAUUCAAAAGCGAAUUGGGAAACGUUGUGCGAGGCCCUUGGUUACUACUAGAGCACUAUUCGGGACGUGUUGAACCGAUGCGAAUGCAUCACCAUCACCAGGAGAAGCAGCUGAACUGGCCAACGGUAUCGAAACUACUAUGGCACCAGCGCUCACUGCCGAGCAAUUAAGUACCAAGGAGAAGAUAACUAGCGUCGCAUCGCCUUCGGUGGUGGUAAAGAAACCAGCUACGCCCACGCCGGCAACGGCCACAACGCGUGUGACGCGCUCCUCCAAGGAGGCGGCCGCGACAGCAGCAGCAGCUGCCAAGGCUGCGGCUGUAGUCCUUCCGCAACGCAAUCCAUCGAGCAGAAUCAGCAACAAGCGUAAAUUAAGCGGCGGUAACAACAGCAGCAGCAGCAACAAGCAACAAAAUAAUGAUCCAAUGGGCCUAAGCACAGCUCCCACCCCACACACAACAACAACAACGAGCACAGGAUCAGUGGUCGCAGAGGCAGAAGCAGCAACAGGAGCAGGCGUACCACCCAUCAUUGACGCCGCUGUGGCAUCAACCAGUGCUACGGGGCUCCUUGAAAGCCAAUCGGCUGUUCUCCAACAAAGCGAAUCCACCCCAAGCACCGAUGUGUCGCCUGCAGCGGAUACCAUCGAGCACAACAACAACAAUAGUAGCAGUAGCAGUCCCAGCAAAGACGACAACUCUACGGCCCAGCUGCUGGCAGAUCUGAACAGCGACUUUGUAGAGACCAUCUCGGCGGAGAUCUGUCUGCGCAAGACCCUACCCGAAGUGGGUCUCAGCAAGGAGCCGACACCAUCCGCAGUGGCCCCAACAGAAGCAGAGGCAGCCGAAGCAGUAGCAGAAACUAUAGCUGAAGUUGAAGUUGAAGCAGGAGCAGAAGCAGAAGUAUCUGAAGGGAAAUUCACAACGGGUGUGUCAGUGCCACCACAAAUCGAUCUGCUUCAGUCGAUGGAAUUGGAGCAACCAGCGACGACGAAUUCGCCCUCAGAGGAGCUGCCAAAGAUCGAUACGGAUAAUAUAGAGGAGCGUCUCAGUCAGCUGGAUGGCAAUGCCAGUGCCAUUUUGGUGGAUCUGCCUCCGGUGCAGCUGGAGCACGAUCAGGUGCAGGUGGAGGUUGUGAUUUCAACCACACCCACAACGCCCAGCCGGCAACAGGUGCAACAGGAUCCAAGAUCCGAGCCAUUGCCCGCUAUCUUGGCCUCGCCGCUGCCGGGCCAGAGGCAAUCCACAGCUACGUCAGCAUUGAACGCGUCACAGUUGACGCCUCAGAGUACUUCCAGUUCUACAAAUUUCCUCAAAGAUGCAACAGCCGGCGUUGUGCUGGAGGACCCCGACAUCGAAGAGGUCCUCAAGGCCCUGAAAACGUUUGAGGGAAAUCACGUCAUCAAUCCGGACAUCAAUACGGACAUGUGUGAUUUCAAUUUCUUCAACGAGGUGUGGGAGGAGCCGCAGUCAGCGACAGCGAUCCAGCAACGAUCCGUCACUCCACAGUAUCCGCCGAAUUCCAUUGGCGGCACCAUCGGCAGUAGCAGCGUCAUCAGCCCCCAUGUCCCACCGGCAGAAACGAUGGCCGAGUGUCAGAGGUCAAUGGAGCAGCAGCAUCAAAUUGUCACACGAAAGAUAGACCAUCUGAUCCGGCGCAUGAGGAAGUUCCAGGCGCGCUAUAUGUGCAGCCACACCAGCGAGGAGGUGGCCGGCAUUAUGGAAUGGUCCGCUCGCACCUCGCACAAGACGCCGAAUCCCGUGAGAAGUGAUAUGCUCAGCGAGCAGGAGGCCACCGUGCAGUCGAUCGUCUCCGGGCGACCGAGGCCGGACUUUUGGGAAGAGAAAAAGAAGCAUCCCGUGCCAGCCACCCAAAUGGUCAGCAUCCUUCGUAGCAUUGCAACGGCUGCACGGCACCAGCAGAUCUGUCAUACGCCCAGCGGCAGUUCCGCCACCUUGGCCCCAUCUUCCACAUGGUACAGCAGUGCCAGCAGUGCGGCGGCAGUGCCUGCCAAGGCACGUCGUGGCAAGAAUCAGCUGGACACAUCAGCAACAGCGGCCUCCACAUCAACAGCAGCAACAGCCAUGGAGCAGAAAACGCCUGGUUUGCAUGAGAUUAUACCCUGCUUUGACACACAUAUAACCAACGAGCUGACCCACGUCUCCGGGCUGCUGCACAAUGAGAUGCGGGAGAUACAGAAUGCCAUCGAUUCGGAUGCGACAGAGUCGAGCUCUGGCGGCGAGUCUGCCGACGAGAUGGUCAUCUACAAUAAUACCCAACAGAAGUCGCUGACGAUCGCCCGUCGAGCCGUGUGGACGUACUCCAAAGAUCGAGCAAGUAUUGCACUGCGCUGGUCCUGGCUCUGCUCACAAAUGGCCGAUCUGGAGGGCAGGAAACGCCAGUAUCGUGAUCUUUAUAUGGAUUUGAAUCAAGCAAAGGGCGCCGUGGAGCUGGAACCGAUGCAGGUACAGCAGCCGGCGAAUGGCUACAAGGAGGAGCCAUCCAGCGAAUUGCAAUGCUGCCGCGCCCGGCCCCUGAUGCUGUCCAAGUUUCGGAAACGCAGCCUAUUCCAGACCACGGGCAUUCACACGAUUUCCAAGAAGGCCGCACGCCCCAGCAACAUCAAAUGCGGCUGCCAGUGGCCACAGAUACCGUGUGCCCUGUGCACGGGCCGACCAGAUCCGACAGCACCACGGGAAUUGGCCGAAAUGAUGAUGCCGGCAAAUCGAGUGGCGCUCCUCGAUCCGGGCUACCAUCCAGUGCUCAGUUUUGACACGGAUGUCACACAAUCUGUGCAUUUUGAGUCCAUUAGCCGGCAAGCGGACUGGCAGCAUCGCGUGUCUCGCUUGCAGGCCAAGACCGUUGUCAAGGGUGUUUAUAAGUCGGAACGCGAGGCCAUUGCUGCUAGCAACAGUGCUGCUCGUCGUCCCGGCGAUCUGAUCAAGCGUCGCUAUAUACGACGCAAAGAGCGCAACAACAAUAAUAAUAAUAAUAAUUCAAACUCAAAUAAAGAUGCCGCCACAACAACGGCAGCGAUGGCGACGGGUCUAGGCGAUAGCGGAAAUGGUACAGCAACUUCUACUUCUUCUACGCCUUCUACAACGCCACUUGUGGCCAACACAGCUGCGAGCAGGAAACAGCAGCAGACACAGCCACCAACUGGAAUGAACCGUUCGAGCACAUCGUGGCCCGACUCUCGCCAACGCCAACGACAGCGCCACCACAGUCCCUCCUCAGCAGCAACAGCAUCUCAGAUCUCGAACAGCGACACUAAGCGGCGUCGCAUAUCCAAAAACAGCAGCAACAGCAAUUCCAACACAUUAAACAACAGCCAUCUAAAUGGAUAUAGCGAUCAAAGCGGAGUAGGAGGAGGAGUAGGAGGAGAUCUGAGAAGUCGUAGCCGUAGCCGUCAUGCCUCGCCCACGCACAAUCAACGAACAGAGAGAGCGUCGUCAUCGUCCCGUUUAUGAUAUUGAUAACAUUGUUAUACCCUAUAGUAUUGCGGCCCAAACGAAGGUGGAGAUACUGCCCUACAAAGAGAUACCCAC